AACGAUAUGCAAGCACAUGAUAUUAAAACGUCAAAUGUGGACCGAGUUGUUUCGGUUUGCGUUGUUUGUUGCUGAUUGCGAAAUUCAUUUCAGUUUUUACGUCGAUCUGAACUUAACUUUUAGGCAAGGAUGAGUGAGUUGGAGAACAUAAACCCAAGCGUGUACAAAAAGUGCGACGAUCGUAAGAUUACCAAAAAUGAAGAAGAUGACAACGUUACAGAUCCUUUCGAUGAACGAGAAAUAUUUGAUCUUAUUCGUAACAUAAGCGACCCAGAGCACCCGUUAACGUUGGAAGAGUUACACGUACUUGAACAGAGCCUCAUUACGGUUGACGAUAAGAACAACACGGUCAAAGUGCUGUUCACACCUACUAUUCCGCAUUGCAGCAUGGCCACUCUUAUUGGUCUUUCGAUUCGAGUGAAGCUGCUAAGAGCGCUUCCCCCACGGUUCAAGGUAUCAGUCGAAGUAAAUCCCGGCACGCACGCAUCUGAACAUGCCAUCAACAAACAACUGGCUGAUAAAGAACGAGUGGCAGCCGCGUUGGAGAAUACGCACCUUAUUGAGGUCAUCAACCAGUGCAUAGCGGUUCCAAAUAAAUAACCAAAUAAUAAACUAUUGUAUUUAAAUGUUAAGUUUUGUGUUUAAUGGCGUCGCACAUUACAUACUUGAUUACCGCUUCUUAGCGUUGAUUGUGUUUCCUGUCGCCGGUCUAGCAGCAGUGGGAUCGUACUUGUAUGUUUUAACCAGUGGGCCUCGGCCAGCUUUUUGAAAGGUUAUUUCGUCGAUUCGUGCUCGUUCCUGGAGUUCCCGCGUAAUUUUCAUAUUUGACCAAGCUGAAAGCAGAAACUGUUAUGCUCUCUCUAAUUCUCAUAAAAAUAAAGAAACUUACACUCCUUGACACCUUCA